AUGAAUGAUGAAGCAACUUGCAUUUAUUUAAAGCUCAGAAUGCCUUCUAAGCCGUGUUCAUACUCUGCUUUGGAAGGACAAUAUGUACUUCAUCAAACUUUAGGCACAGGUGGUUUUGCUAAAGUUAAGUUAGCUACUCACAUUUUGACAAAAGAGAAGGUUGCGAUUAAAAUAAUGGAUAAAUCUGCAUUGGGUGAUGACUUGCCACGUGUACAACUUGAAAUAGAAGCUUUGAAAAAUCUUAGUCAUCCUCAUAUAUGCAAAUUGUAUCAAGUAAUAGAAACUGAAAGUCAUUACUUUUUGGUUUUGGAGUAUUGUUCUGGUGGAGAAUUGUUUGAUUACAUUAUCGAGAAGGAUCGGUUAUCUGAAAAAGAAGCAAGACAUUUUUUUCGCCAGAUCAUAUCAGCAGUCGCCUUCAUGCAUAAAAAGGGAUACGCUCAUCGAGAUUUAAAACCUGAAAAUCUUUUAUUAGAUAGUGAUCAACAUUUGAAACUAAUAGACUUUGGACUUUGUGCUAAACCACAAAGUGGAAUGCAGCAGCCGCUUGAGACAUGCUGUGGUAGUCCAGCUUAUGCUGCACCAGAGUUAAUUACGGGAGAAUAUUAUAAUGGAAAUAAGGUUGAUAUUUGGAGCAUGGGAGUUUUACUAUAUGCAUUACUUUGUGGGUUUUUGCCAUUUGAUGAUGAAAAUGUUGCAAAGCUGUAUAGAAAAAUACAGAAAGGCAGAUAUUUUUGUCCUUCUUGGCUAUCAAGUGAAAGCAAAACCAUUUUGUUCGAAUUGUUGCAAGUUGAUCCACGACGAAGAAUAUCAAUUGAAAAUUUGAAAAUACAUCCAUGGGUUAUGAAGGGAUAUGAAGCUCCAGUAGACUGGUAUUUCACAAGAAGUGUGAAACUGGAUCAGAAUUGUCUUGCUGAACUAGCAGUUUAUCAUAGAAGGUCCAUGAGGUCCCUUGAAUUUUCCAUUCAACGGAAUAAUUUUGAUUAUUUGCAUGCAUCAUAUCUGUUAUUGGAGUCCAAAAAAGAAAGCGGAAAGUCAUUAUCACUUUUGCAACAAAGUAAUAUUUUGAGAGAACAAAAUGUAAACACUAAUUUAAGCAUUGUCUUUGAUACUUCACCUGUUAUCAAGCGAGUUUCAAUGGAUAGUUUGACAAAUUCAAAGCUUCUUGAAUUGGGUAGUCCACAAAAAAAUUCUUCAAACUUGUUGAAUGACUCAAGGCUUGCUUCACCAGGCAUUUCUGUUCCUAGAAAGAACUCUGACAAAGAAAAUUUUGCUUUGCCCCAAAUUCCUUCUAGAAGAAACAGUAAAAUGUCUUCAACUAAAUAUAGUUCUGGUGAAAUUCAAGUUAACCAUACUCCAAAAGCUGUUGGAAUGUCCGCUUCCCUGGAUGCAAAAGUUGAUUAUAUUGGUAGUUCUUCAGACACAACGUCUCUUUUAAUUUCUGAAAAAAGAGCAAAAUCAUUUGAAUCCCCAACUGCUGUGACAACACCUCAAAGACGACCACCAAGGCAUGGGGCAACGUCUUCUGCCAAGAAAGUUUUUGGAAGCAUAGAAAAGGGAUUGGAUCGCGUUAAGAACUUGUUAACUCCUAAGAAACGAAUGUAUGGCUGUGGAAUAGAAGGCCCCAAGAAAGUAAAAAAUCUUUGUAAUGUAUCUGCAAUAAAUGACAAAGUUACACCAGAAGAAGUUUUAGAAUCUCUACAAAGCGCUCUAAUCAGAAAGGGAAUACCUUGUAAACAAAGUGGCUACACUCUACGGGGAAAGAUUGUUGAUGGAAAAAAAGUUCAGCUGAGAUUUGAAUUAGAAGUGUGUCAAUUAGUAAAGCAUAAACUAGCAGUUGGUGUUCUUAGAAAACGUCUUGAAGGUGAUGCAUGGCAUUACAAAAGAGUCUGCGAAGAAAUACUUAGACUCGCUCUUUUGAAUACCAGCCCUGCACGAAAACAUGUUUGAUUCUUUUCAUAUGAAUGUUUGGACUGUAAGGUGUAAUUCAGCUAUGAAAUCAAGCCCUCAUAUAAAGUAUUAAUGAUGUUGCUUAUAUUCCAUCGUCUGGAAUUGUAAAUAUUUGUAAAUUAUAUUUUAAAUGUUUUGUAUAAUAAUAUGAAGUUGUCAAAUGAAUAAAUUGCAUAUUUAACUAGAAUGACCAAAAUUAUUCUGUUUUUACACUUAAAAUAGUGAACGUAUUUUAAAAUAUAAAGUCUACAAUUUAAAUGUAGGGUAUUACUUUUACCUUUUCUCUGCUCUUUAAAAAGUCGUUAAUUUUUGGAGUCUUUCUCAUUUAACUUAUUC